AUGUCUGUUGAGUCGCAGCAAUCGCUUGUCAACGGCUUGAUGUCUUUCAGAUUCGAGAUCAAAGACAUGGGCGCCCGUAUCGAGUACCUGAUUGCUCUCAGGAAGCGGCUCUCCCAUAAAGAGAAGAAGAUCGAUGAUGAAGAGUAUGAGCAGGCAAUGAACACCCCGUCUAUGAUUGUGCUUUAUGAGGCGUACAAGCAGGCGGCAGAUCACGCUACCAACUGCAAACGCGCUGUUGAUCAGAGAAUGAGACAGUAUAGCAACAAGUUCGUCCUUGCACCUCCAGAAGUCCAGAUGGAGAUUUAUGGUUUGCAAGUGAAAUGGAUCCAAGCCACAAUUAAUACUGCCGAGCAACGACUGGACUAUCUACAGCACUACCCAUUUGCCUACCAAAACAGAAACGCUAUCCGGGGUCACAUCACUGCAGCAGAGGAUUCCAUGAAAGCAGCUAAGAGAGCGCUGGGGGAGGUAGACAGGAACAAAAGGGCAACGUCUUACGAAACCUCUGAUGAAGCCAGCAGCCUGUUUGAGAAAGGGAACCAUCAUGCUCUUGAGAACAGCAUCGUCUUGGUGUAUGGACUACAUGACGUCACGUCCCAAGACUUUCAUCGAGCAUGCGAGAUUGCGGCUGAGACUUUUGCAAAGAAGAUCAUGAACUGGCCGAACGGAAGAUCCGAGAAGCCAGAGACCUUCAAAGUUGAGAGCCACGGUAGAAAACUGAGAGACUCCAACGAUUGCUUUGGUCAAUUUAUUGACCGUCUGCGUGACGUCUUUGAAACGUCACCACCCAAAGACUUACCCGUCUACCCACGCGUUUGUUAUUAUGGACGGAAGCUGCUUGGAGAAGGAUGCGACUGCUAUGCUGGUUCUGGCUUAUAA